AUGAGUCAAUACACCUUCGACACAAUCCGUCUGGCAGGGCCGCACCCAGAGGACCAUAAAGGCGCGCUCCGGAGGCCGCCCAAGCUCGACCUCGCCACAUGCACGCACACGACGGUUUUUGACGCGGACUCGAACACGUUCGACAGCGCAAUAUGCGCAGGGGAGGACAUUGAUAUUCCCAUGUGCGAGUCGCCCAUCACAAGUGGGUCUGGCGACUCAGGUAUCUUCAAGGGGAAAGAAGGACUGGUAUGGAUGAAGGGCUCGUCGGCAGGCUUGCCUCAGGAAGAGAAGGCUUCGAGCAGGGAAUCGUCUGUGCUCCUCGGUAAAGCGCCGGGACGCGUAGAUGUGCAGAAGGAGCAGCCAUCAAUGCCAAAGACAGAGGCUGCGAAAGGUGGGCAGCGCGUUGAGGAGGCCGGCCGAUUCAUCCUGGUACGUGUCUUCCGCCGUAUUGGGAUGAGAUCGCCUGGAUCGGUGAGGCGGUGAGGUGCACGGUGGUCACUCUGCUCCAACGGGAUGGUGAGUGGAUAGAUGGGCUUUGUCGAAUAGCUUCUCGGGUAUCGAUCAAUUAUGCACUAUGAUAUGACAUACCUAUGUAGGAUACUCUCUGUCGCUGUAUAUAUGCUUUCAUUCCGUC